AUGGAGGCCAUCAACAGGGAGGCCGCCCGGGGUUUGGAGCGGGUGGUCAUCGAGAGCAUUCCCAUUUUCAGCUACAGUCUGGUGAAGCGCCUCAAAUCACAGGCCAACUGCUCCGAAUGCGCGGUCUGUCUGAGCGACUUCGCGGAGGACAACAUGCUGCGGUCGCUUCCCAAGUGCAGCCACGCUUUUCAUCCGGAAUGUAUUGACGGCUGGCUCUUCACUCACACCACGUGCCCUGUGUGCCGGACAAGCCUUUGCGAAGACAUUCCAACGGCUACAGGCUUCGGUGUAGUCGAACAGCAAUCGCUUCCCGGCGAGGUCACCGUCGUUAUUGACAACGGAGCCGGAGUUAACCCCUUCAUAGAUAUUUCAGAUGAUGAUACAACGGACGAAGCUUCAGGGCGUGAUUCGAGGGCGUACUCGUUGGUAAGGGUAAGGAAGGAGACGGAGCAGCCGAGUGAGUGGUACAUCGCCACAGCGGAGGGUCUCACGCCUGGUUUGCAUGGGAGUUACAGCUUCGUAGGCGUGCAUUAUUUGCAUGAGCCGUCAGGUUCUCAUGCCCUGUUCGAGUGCUCUAAACGAGGCGGGUUUGUCGGCAAUGCAGGGCAUGGAUCAAGAUCUGAAAGAUGGGGCCGGAUUUCUAUAAAGCCGGCCUUGGUUUUGAGGACGUUUUCUGAGCGCUUUAUCCCUCGAGCUAGAGGUCAAGUUGGUGCUGAGCAGCAGGAUAACAUGGCUUAA